AUGGGGGCGGCGGGCGGGGGCGGCCCGGGGCUGCCCGGUUAUUUUCGAGACAGGAGGCGGCAGGAGAGAGAAAGAGACCAGCGAUGGCGGCCUGGUCACAUCGCUCGGACCUCCCCAGCCGCCUCCGCCUCCAGUUCCGCAGGCUCCGAAGCUCCCAACAGUUGCAUUUCCAGCUCCGAGGGGCGAAGAGAUGCAGGAACCGUGCAGCACUUUUUAUACCGCCGCGGAAAGGAAGUGCGUAACUGGAGCGUGACGGCCAACUCCAGCCAAUCCAGAGAUCGCACCAUUGUGACCUACUCGAGGCCCAGCGCCUGUGCGUCCUCUGCGAGCGUCUGCUGCCGGGGCUCGCCUGCAAGGAGGCUUAGUGCUGUGCAGAUUAAAACCUAUCUGCUCAGGCUGUCUACACGCGCGCCGGCUGCUUGGGUCGAGCUGCACAUCCGCAGCGUCGAUCCCCUCGCGUACUCCCGUGUUUACAUCCAGUCCCAGUUCCAGGUCUACGUGGCUGGCUCCCGGAGCUGGAGGAGCGGGCGAGCGGGUGCCCGAGCUGAAGGUGCUGGGGACGCCCAUCGAGGGUGCAGAGAAAAGUGGAGGGAACAGGCUCUCGCAGGGCAUUCUGCAGCCUCAGGAAGCCCAGGUCUCCUCGCAGAAGUGCAACCAAUACUACGGGGCAGUUUCUGCCCACCCUUGGGGAAGAGUGGGGAGGGUGUCUUUGUAAAAGUUUAAUUGCAAAUUAAGUAAAUAAAAGGUUAGUUAGCUUUGUUUGGUGGUGGUUUCAGUAACUUAGGGAGUCAAGGAGAAGAGUGGACACCUUCCUGAAUCCACCUUAGUGCUGCUAAAAAAGCCUGUUACUGAAGAUAAAUAUAGCAACGUGGAUCCUGUAAACUAGUCUAUAUUGAAAAAAAAGAACUGCGUAAUGUAACUUACACCGUUUAUACACAAAAAAACAAAGAUUGCUGUUUUCUACUCUAAAUAACUGUCCGAACCUUAGAGUUCUGCUGCUGUUUAAUAAAAAGAAGAAAAUAAAGAUAAAAUCUGAAGUGUGUGAAAGUAUUAGGCGUAGACAUUUAAGUUUACUGGAAACCCUGCUUUCAAAACUAGAAAAAAAAACAUUGGUAGGGAGGCUUGAGCCUGCUAAAACAAUUAGACUUAAAAAAGGGUUAACCAGAACUCCAUUAAAGGAGGGGAAAAAAAAGAUGGUGAGGCAGGCAGAUGGAGAAAGCAAACAGGAGGCAGAAGUUGAACUCUACCAGAUGGAAAUAAAUAUCCUGAGCUUAGUUGAUCAUCAAUAUUGCAAAACACACCACUUUGAGUUUUUUCUCUUUUUUUAAUACUGAGCCAAAGGGCAUAGAAAUGAAGCAAAAAGUGAGACUUCUUAUAAAAUGGGAGGAGGAAAAGAAAAAGUUUGAUUUUUUACUUAAACUGUAAAACUGGCUUUGAAAGAAUAACUUCUAGGUUACUGUUUCGUUCAUACACAAUAAUUAGGUAGUUACAUGU